AUGGGAAAUCUCAUGGACCUGUGGAGCUGGCUAAUUACUUCUAGAGGUGAUAGUUGCAAUGUAGUAGAAUCAAAUGGCAAAGCCAGUGUGCAGCUUGGAGCAAAGAAGUUAAAAGAAUAUUGGCAGAGAAAGAGCCCUGGCAUUCCAGCAGGAGCUAACAGGAAAAAGAAAAUCAAUGGCAGUAGCCCUGACACAGCCACUACUGCUGGUUACCGCUCACCUGGGGAUUCAGCAACAGGUGUCUACGGGGAGGGCCCUGUGUCAUCUACUACCCUGAAAGAUCUGCAGGUUCACACAUUGAAGGAGGACAAGCAGCAUGAGAUACAUCGGGUACAGAAGCUUGGGAGGAGCUUGUUCAAACUCAAACACCAGAGGGCUGAACCCUGGGCCCCAGAGCCCCCAGCAGGGCCCUUGGAGGUAGAGCAGCUACAAGAUGAGACCAAACACCUAAGGAAGGAGCUGGAGAGUCUGGGAAGACAGCUCCAGGCCGAGGUGGAAAACAAUCAGAUGUUGAAUCUCCUGAACAGGAGACAGGAGGAGAGGCUACGUGAGCAGGAGAAGAGGCUAUGUGAGCAGGAGGAGAGGAUACAUGAGCAGGAGGAGAAGCUACGUGAGCAGGAGGAGAGGCUAUCUGGGCAGGAGGAGAGGAUAUGUGAGCAGGAGGAGAGGAUACAUGAGCAGGAUGAGAGGCUAUGGGAGCAGGAGUGGCUGCCAGAGCAGGAGAGGCUGCUGGAGGAGGUGAAGAAGCUCUUGGAACGGGAGAGAUGGGAGGAGGAGGAGGAGAAGCUGCGAGAGCAUGAGAGGCUGGUGAACCAGGUAAAGAAGCUGCUGGAAGAGGAGAGGCUGUGGGAGCAGGAUGAGAGGCUGCGGGAGGAGAGGCUGCCAGAGCAGGAAAGGCUGUUGGAGCAGGUGGAGAAGCUAUUGGAACAGGAGAGGUGGCAGGAGGAACAGGAGAGGCUGCUGGACCACGGGAGGCUGCUGGACCAGGUGGAGGAACUGUUGGAACAGGAGAGGUUGCGGGAGCAGGAUGAGAGACUGCUGGAGCAGGUGGAGAAGCUUUUGGAACGGGAGAGGCGACAGGAGGAGCAGAAGAGGCUGCUGGAGGAGGAACAGCUGCUGGACCAAGUGGAGGAGCUGCUGGAACAGGAGAGGCUGCGGGAGCAGGAUCAGAGGCUGUGGGAGCAGGAGACACUGCGGGAACUGGAGAGGCUGCGGGAGCUGGAGAGGAUGCUGGAGCUGGGGUGGGAAGCCCUCUACGAGCAGCAGGCGGAGCCACACAGCAGCUUCGAGGAGCUGAACAACAAGAACAAGAGCACACUGCAGUUGGAGCCGCAAGUAAAGGAGCUGAAGCUGGGCGAGCUGAAAGACAGGGAGCACCUGGAAGCUACGAGCCAGCAGAAGCAGCAGCAAGCCCAGCUGAGCCUCAUGGCUCUCCCUGGGGAAGGAGACGGAGGAGGAUAUCUGGACAGUGAGGAGGAGGAGGUGCCUCGGCCCAUGGUGAACAUCCCAGAGGACGGGGAGAGCCUGGAGGCCAGGUGGCAUUUUUCAAUGACGCUGGAGCCAGUGCCCAGGAAGAGCAAAGGGUGUGCUGCCAGCCCCUGGCUCACCCAGUGGCUUCAUCCCAAAGGACCCCAGGGACUGGGGGAAAGUACAUCAGCCAGGGGGCACUGCCAAAAUGCAUCACUGGGAGAGGAGGACAUCAUCAGGCUGGCCCAGGACCAGGAGACGCAAGUAGAUCUUCAUGAGGUGAGCCUCACUGACAGCGUGGAGCCUACACCAGGAGAGGCCAGAGAGGGUUCUCCCCACGACAACCCCACUGCACAGCAUAUUGUGCAGCUGCUUCCUCUAACGCAGGACUCCCCAGGAGCACCGAGGUUUGGGCAGCAACCCCUGCAUGCCAUUCUUUUCACGGUGCCGAGAUCAGGGAGAUAAACAUCAUCAUCAUCUAAGAGCUGGUCAAGAAAUUUAAAAACAAACAAAAAAAGUUUAGGGGUUAAUCUCCUACACAAUUCAUUUACUUCAUUUGAAUGUUAGAGCCACUCAUGUUUAUUUGUGUUUCUAACUUAGUUUAAAUUUAUUUGUAAAAAGUUACAGAAGAGUGGGUCUUUCCCUCAUGUUCGCUAUGGCAUCCUUUAGCAUUUUUCUUUUUAUUUGAUAACUGUAGGUCAUUAGCAUGCAUAUCGAGUUUGCUCUAUGUGGUGGGAGUUCAAACACGCAAAGACCCACUAUAUGCACAAAACUGUUCUUGCUGGUUUGGAAUAGGCUGCCAUGCUUUUUUAAUGUUAUUGCAGCAUGUAUAUUCAUUACCGAAUUCAGAUAAAAUUUGUCUAUGUUCUGCUAUUAUGCUUGAUCGACUCCUAAUCACAGUGAGCUCUUCAUUAGCUCAAUAUGUGGUUUGCCCUCAAGUGCGCUGUUUAUUAGUUUGUAAUGUGCCACUGUGAGUACUGACAUUUACAGUUGUUUAAAGAUGGGGCACUGGAGAGAGCCUUUCCCCCUUUUUCUGUGUAUUGGGGAUGGGCGUAAUAACAUUUUGGGGAGCUUUUUAAAUCUCCCAAAAGAGGAAAGUGGCCUGCUCUGGAAGAUGUGUGCAGGAUAGAAUACGUUUCAUUUGUUUUGGAGCCAAGAAUGAGUAUGUUACUAUGGUAGUCCCCUUAGGAUUCGUAUGUGCUCUGGGCUCAUGAAGAUAUUAUAUCAUGAGCUGGGGCAGUUGUACUCCUUUUUGAUGACCUGAAAAGGGAUUAUGACCUAAAAAGGGAUUGUACCACUGUUAAUUAGCCAAAUUAUUUGGUCUAACAGUUUUUCUUUAUCAUUCUGAAACUGGGUUUUUCUAAUACAUUGAUAAAUUAUUUCAAAGGUAUUUUGAUAGUUCAAAUCACUUCACUUUUACCCUGACACAUAUAAAUGACUAGGAAUGACCUUCAGAUAACGUUUAGCAUCUGUAACCUAUCUGACGAUAACGUGUUCAUCAGGUACCUAUGGAUUAAAUCCCAUACCGGCAUAUUUAAGCUGAAUGUCAGUCUGAAAAAUAAAUGUGCUAUAUUACCUGAAAUACCACUCUUUGUGUAGAUAUUUUGUCAUAAGUUUAAGAAAAAGCUAAAAAGAUGGAAAUCCUAUGACAAUAACUUAACUCUUUCUUCUAAGUUCAUGCAGUCGUUUGCAAUACCUCAUUCAGCCAAGUAUUUGUUCUCUUCCUCAUUCAGUAUAAGGCAGCUUUCAAUUUGCUUAGAAGGUAACAUUAGAAGGUUAGAGUUCAGCAGAAACAGAAUUUUAAAAUGUGAGUUCAACUGAAUAAAUUUCUAUUUCUGUAGAAAGUAAAGAAUCAAAAUGCCUAUUGAAAGAUUGCAAUAUAUGAUAAUUAUUUUUAAAGUGUUUGAUUAAACCUGAUAGGUUUUCCCAAAAUGAAAACACUCAGUUCUAAAUCCAAAGCUGCUUUGUACAAAACAUGAAAAUGUAAAUAACCCCAUCCAUAAUAGCUUCUCUAAAACUUUAUCUUACAGUCACUUUCAAAUAACUAUUCAAAAAUGUAACUGCUGUAUUAAUGUCUUGAAAUAAGUUAAAACAUUUUAAGAUAUGAGCACCGUAGUUUAAAACAAAGAAUCUAGGGGAAGGAAAAGUAGACAAAGAAAUGCCAAUUCCAGUCCAAAGCUUUAUUUGCCAAGUUUUCUUAGAAUCACUUUUACCAACUUAUGAUUUCUGGUAAACAGAAUGUAUAAUAGAAAUACUGACUUUUGUCUAAAGUGGCAUUCCUGACUGCUUCUGUGAUGCUACUGUAAUGUAAUAAAUUCUGAAAUUCUUGCAAGGUGCUGUUUUGCCUUAAAAUUUUGUGUGUCUUGAAAACUAUAGUAUUAAAUGUAUUGAGACUGUGCAAAUGCCGGGAACGCGUGGCAUGAGAUAAUCAGUUUUUAUUCUCACAAAAUUGUAACUAUGUAAGUGUGUUUAUUAAAAGAACAUAAACUAAAAACGUUACAGGAAUUAAAAGUUGUGGGAUGAAAAA